AGUCUUAGUAGUGGGAUAAUCUAUUUCGAUUCAGUUCCUUGUUUUCUGGUACAGCUGUUAGUUGGUUCCUAAAUUAGUGGUAUGCUAGUUCAUGUAAUCUUCUAUUUAAGUUGUUGGGUCUUAUGAAUAAAUUGUACGUUCAAUUUUCAGCUUCUUUUCUUCCUGUCAUAAGUUAUAACAGUGGUAUCAGAGCCACCGAGUGAGAAAAGUGAGAUAAAGAGUGGGUAUAGCAGCAGCUUUACUGCUUUACUUCUACUUCACCUGUUUUCCCGCUGUGCAGCAGCAUAAGAAAACGAUGGCUUCAGAAACUUUUGCGCAGCCAGCCAUUCCACGCUUUGAUGGUCACUAUGAUCAUUGGAGCAUGCUCAUGGAGAACUUCUUAAGGUCCAAAGAAUACUGGACGGUGGUUGUUUCUGGAGUAGCAGAACCAGCCGAAGGUGUUGUGCUGACAGAUGCGCAAAAGGCAGAGCUUGAAGGGCUGAAGUUGAAAGAUCUCAAAGCAAAGAAUUAUCUCUUCCAAGCUAUUGAUCGCUCAAUCUUGGAAACCAUUCUUUGCAAGGACAGCGCCAAGCAUAUUUGGGAUUCUAUGAAGAAGAAGUACCCAAGGAUCAGCAAGGGCAAAGAGGCUGCAGCUUCAAGCCUUUCGUUCAGAGUUCGAAAUACUUCGAAUGAAAUCAGGAGAGUCAGUUACAGAUUAUUUUUCAAGAACGAUGACAAUCGUCAACAAGAUGCGGAUCCAUGGCGACAAGACCACCGACGUCACCGUUGUUGAAAAGAUUCUUCGAUCCAUGGCAACAAAAUUUAAUUUUGUUGUCUGUUCCAUAGAAGAAGCUAAUGAUAUUGAUGAACUUUCAAUUGAUGAAUUACAGAGUUCUUUGUUGGUUCAUGAGCAAAAAAUUAACCAACAGGAUAAAAAGGAACAAGCAUUGAAGGUCUCAUCAGAAAAUCGUUCUACACCAAGUAGAGCUGAUAGAGGACGCGGUAGAGGCAGAGGUCGAAGUCGAGGAGGCAGAGGCAACAAUGAUCGUGGAAUCCAACAACAUCAUCAGCAUCAAGAGAAUCAAUUUCAAGGAAGAGGAAGAGGACGUGGUGGUUAUCACUCAACUUCUUAUGGACCAAAGUCAGCAGACAAGUCCAAUGUUGAAUGCUACAAAUGUCAUAGGUAUGGUCAUUAUUAGUCAGAAUGCCGUACUAAUUUGAAUAGACAAAGUAGCGAAAGAACUAACUUUGCAGAAAAAAAAGAAGAAGUGUCUCUUUUAAUGGUGUGUCACGUGAAGGAAGAAACCCAACAGAACAUGUGGUAUUUAGACACUGGCUGCAACAAUCACAUGUGUGGGGAUAAGAAGUUGUUCUCUGA